AUGGCACAGAAGAUUAUCGUGACCUCCAGAAUCAAAUCGAGGACUCAAUCCGAAAAGGUCACCUCGGGCGCUAUCUCAAGGAACCCCAAGAAACAACUCCAUAUCCCAGGGGACCCAUCGAAAGAUGCCUCGUCUUCCAAAAUCUCUCGUCGUAAGGCCACUCGUGACAAGAAGUCCACAAGCUCGCCAGCCCAGCUCUUGCCCGAGUCGCUCCAAAUAAGUUCCCAACCUACAACUCGCCGGCCCAGUUCAUUGCCUGAGUCGCUCCAUGUCAAUUCCCGACUUGCGGCUCGCCGGCCCAGCUCCUGCCCGGGUCGCUCUAGAUUGCUCCCGACUUGUGACCCGCUGACACCAGAACCUGAGCCCGAGUGUAGUCACUUGGCUCACAGGUCUAGCUCUUGCCCGGGUCGCUCCAAAUCGCUCCCGACUUGCGACCCGUCAGCACUGAACCUGAGCCCGAGUAUAGUCACUCAGCUCACAAGUUCAACUCCUGCCAGGCCCGAGUUUAGUCACUCGGCCCACAGGUUUAGCUCCUGCCCGGGUUGCCCCAGAUCGCUCCCAACUUGCCACCCGCCGACACCAAAACCUGAGCCCAAGUUCAGUCACUCUGCUCACAGGUCUAGCUCCUGCUCGGGUCGCUCUAGAUCACUCCCGACUUGCGACUCACCAGCACCAAAACCUGAGCUCAAGUAUAGUCACUCGACUCACAGGACUAGCUCCUGCCCGGGUCGCUCCAGAUCGCUCCCGACUUGUGACCCGCCGGCACCAGAACCUGAGCCCGAGUAUAGUCACUCGGCUCACAAGUCCAGCUCCUGCCCGGGUCACUCCAUAUCGCUCCCGACUUGUGACCCGCCGGCACCAGAACCUGAGCCCGAGUGUAGUCACUCGGCUUAUAGGGCUAGCUCCUGCCCAGGUCGCUCUAGAUCACUCUCGACUUGCGACCCGCCAGCACUAGAACAUGAGCCCAAGUAUAGUCACUCAGCUCAUAGGUCCAACUCCUGCUCGGAUCGCUCCAGAUCGCUCUCAACUUGCGACCCAUCGGCACCAGAACCUGAGCUCGAGUAUAGUCACUCGGCUCAUUGGUCUAGCUCCUGCUUGGGUCACUCCAGAUCGCACCUAACUUGCGACCUGCCGGCACCAGAACCUGAGCCCGAGUAUAGUCACUCGGCUCACAGGUCCAACUCCUACCCGGGUCGCUCUAGAUUGCUCCCGACUUGCGACUCGCUGGCACUAUACCCUGAGCUCGAAUAUAGUCACUCAACUCACAGGUCCAACCCCUGCCCGGGUCGCUCCAGAUCGUUCCCGACUUGUGACCCACCGGCAUCAGAACUUGAGCCUGAGUAUAGUCACUCGGCUCACAGGUUCAGCUCCUGCCCGGGUCACUCCAGAUUGCUCCCGACUUGCGACCCGUCUGCCCCAAAACUUGAGCUCGAAUUUAGUCACUCGGCCCACAGGUUCAGCUCAUACCCGAGUCACCCCAGAUCGCUCCCAACAUGUGACAUGCCGGCACCAAAACCUGAGCUCAAGUUUAGUCACUUGACUCACAGGUCCAGCUCCUACCCGGGUUACUCCAGAUCGCUCCUGACUUCUGACUCGCCAGCACCAAAACCUGAGCCUAAGUAUAGUCACUUAGCUCACAACCCUAGCUCCUGCCCGGGUUGCUCCAGAUCACUCCCGACUUGCGACUCGCCGGCACCAGAACCUGAGCUCGAGUAUAGCCACUUAGCUCACAGGUUCAGCUCCUACCCUGGUCGCUCCAGAUCGCUCUCGAUUUGCAACCCACUAGCAUCAAAACCUGAGCCCAAGUGUAGUCACUCGACUCACAGGUCCAGCUCCUGCCCGGGUCACUCAAGAUCGCUCCCGACUUGCGACCCGCUGGCACCAGAACCUGAGCUCGAGUAUAGGCACUCGGCUCACAGGUCCAGCUCCUACCCGGGUCGCUCCAGAUCUCUCCCAACUUGCGACCCGUCGGCACCAGAACCUGAGCCCGAGUAUAGUCACUCGGCUCACAGGUCCAGCUCCUGCCCGGGUCGCUCCAGAUCGCUCCUGACUUGCGACACGCCGGCACUAGAAUCUGAGCCUAAGACUAGUCACUCGGCUCACAAGUCCAACUCUUGCCCGGGUCGCUCUAGAUCGCUCCCGACUUGCGACCCGCUGGCACCAGAACCUGAGCCCGAGUAUAAUCACUUAGCUCACAGGUCCAGCUCCUGCCCGGGUCGCUCCAGAUCGCUCCCUACUUGCGACCUGACGGCACCAGAACUUGAGCCUGAGUAUGGUCACUCGGCUCACAAGUCCAGCUCCUGUCCGGGUCGCUCCAGAUCGCUCCCGACUUGCGACCCGCUGGCACCAGAACCUGAGCCCGAGUAUAGUCACUUGGCUCACAAGUCCAGCUCUUGCCUGGGUCGCUCCAGAUCGCUCCUGACUUGCGACUUGUCAAAUCUCUAA